AUGUUGUGUGAACCAUUCCGCUAUUCAGUGCCUGAGGAGAAGAAAGCUGGAUCAAUAGUAGCAAAUGUGCUAAAAGAUUUGAAAGUAGAUGUGAAGGAGCUUUCUGCUCGCAGAGCACAGUUGAUUUCUAAGAGUUCCAGGCAGGAUUUCCAGCUGGAUCCCCAUUCUGGGAAUAUAAUUUUGAGGGAUAAAAUUGAUCGAGAAGCUUUGUGUGGGCUGAGUGAUCCUUGCACUCUGUUCUCUGAAAUUUUGCUGGAAAAUCCUGUUCAGUUCUUCAAAAUUGAAGUUCAGGUAGAAGAUGUCAAUGAUAAUUCCCCUAUAUUCUCUCAGAAUCAAUUCCGUUUUGAAAUACCUGAGCAGACUCCCAUAAAUGCACGUUUCCCCUUGGAGACAGCCCACGAUUUAGACAAAGGAAAAAAUGCUAUCCAGAACUAUAUACUUAGCACAAGUGAAUAUUUUAAGCUGGACAUACAAAGUCAAAACAAUGGCAGGAAAUAUUCAGAACUGCUUUUGGCAAAACCGUUAGACCGCGAGGUGAUCCCUCAGUUUAUUCUCACUCUGGAAGCUGUGGAUGGAGGGAUCCCAAGGAGAACUGGCACAGCACAGAUAAUUAUUGAUAUUCUGGAUAACAAUGAUAACGUGCCCCAAUUUGAACAAACAGUAUAUAAAGUGCAGCUAAUGGAAAAUAGUCAUCCAGGUUCAUUGGUUGCUAAAAUUAAAGCCACUGACAAAGACAUUGGAUCCAACGCUCACAUCAUUUACACUUUUAGCCAAGCACCAGCAGAUGUACUCCGAUCAUUCAGGUUAAACAAUCAUACUGGGGAAAUUACACUCGUAGGGAAAAUUGAUUAUGAAGAAAAUCAUAAUUAUGAACUCAGCAUGAAAGCCACAGAUGGAGGAGGAUUGUCCGCUUACUGUAAAGUUCUUGUUGACAUUGAAGAUGAGAAUGACAAUGCUCCAGAAAUAAUUAUAUCAUCCAUCACUAAUCCUUUACCAGAAAAUUCUCCCCCGGAAACACUGGUGGCACUUUUUGGCAUCAGAGAUCAAGACUCCGGAGACAAUGGCAGAACUACCUGCAGCACUGAGAAAAACCUGCCUUUUAUACUAAAACUGACUGAGAACAAUUAUUACCAGCUUGUGACGCAACAGCCAUUGGACAGAGAACAAAUGUCACAUUAUAACAUCACCAUCACAGCCAUCGACCAAGGUUCUCCCAGACUCACUUCAAUCACAGUUAUUAGCAUUCAACUUUCAGACAUCAAUGAUAACCCUCCAAUGUUUGAAAGAGGUUUCUACAAUUUGCACUUAAGAGAAAACAACAUUCCAGGAUUGUUCAUUGGAUCAGUCCAUGCUGCAGAUGUGGACACAGAACAGAAUGCCAAAGUAACCUACUCUCUUUUGUUUGGAAAGAUCAGGGAAGAGCCUACAUCAUCUUACAUCUCCAUCAACUCUGAAACUGGGAACUUGUAUGCCAUUCGAUCUAUAGAUUAUGAGGAUAUACAAGAUUUCCAGGUGAUGGUGAGGGCUGUAGACAAGGGCUCACCUCCCCUGAGCUCAGAAACAAUGGUCCGAGUUCUUAUCACGGAUGACAAUGACAAUGCCCCCUUCAUCCUCUGCCCUCUUCAGAACAGCACUUCUCCAUCAAAUGAUCUGGUUCCCAGGGGAGCAGAGACAGGCUACCUAGUCACCAAAGUGGUGGCAGUGGACAGAGAUUCAGGGCAGAAUUCUUGGCUUUCCUAUCAGUUGCUGAAGGCCACAGAUCCAAGUCUCUUCACUGUUGGGACUCAGAAUGGGGAGGUGAAAACCAUGAGGCCGGUGAACAUCCGAGACAGUUUCAAACACACUCUUAUUGUGGCAGUUAGGGAUAAUGGGCAUCCUCCUCAGUCUGCCUCUGUGACCCUAAGAAUUCUUCUAGUGGACGGCUUCUCUGAUCCUUACGUGAAAAUUAUGGAUAAUCCUAAGGAUGAAGUCCCGCAGGAGGGAGAUCAUACUCUAACACUGUAUUUGAUUAUCUGUUUGGUUGCCAUCUCAUCCAUUUUUCUGCUUUCUGUUACUGUGUUUAUUGCAACCAAGUUUCAGAAGCGAAGAAAGUUCUUAAGAAGUUCUCAUUCUGCAUCAAAUUUCCAUGUGGGACCAAAUUUGCAAGAGAAGUGUGUGGAUCCUAAUACUAGGACAUCUUCCCAGGCCUACAGCUAUGAAGUGUGCUUAACUGAUGGGUCUCUGAGCGAAUUAGAGGAAGAAAUUUACAUGCUUCAAGCACCAGGGUAUGAAAGUAAAAAGGUUGACACUGUUUAUAAACUGAACAAGGCUGAAGCAGUCAGCCAGAAAGUGGAACAUCUGUUUAGAUAUGGCAUUGAAGGGUCUUGGGUUCAAGAGUUGCAAGGCUGA